GACUGAACCUGGCUCACGCAACCACCACCACCACCACAGCCACAAGUCCGGGAUUAGAAAGUGCACUUUUCUCGUCACCCUGUCGUUACGCGAUCUUCCACGUCUUUGUUUACAUGCAAGAAACAUCUCUCGACCAUAACAGCCAAGGGAAGUUCACUGACGACACGCGUGCCGGCGGGACGCUCCAGAGGGUUCGACAGACGUGGCAUUUUAUGAUUGAAAGCACCGAGACAUACACAAAUUGACGAGUGCGGCUGUGAGACUGCGAGUUUUCAAAUCGACCAUGUGCAACGACACUCAAAAUAGCAAGUUGAGUGGGAUGCGGCGCUUAAUCGCGACGGCUAUUGCGGGAAUGGUGUCUGUGAUAUCAUCGCUAUUCCUCAAAGACGUCAUACAAGUCUACCUCAUUGAAACUUAUGAGAUGAGUCCAAGAUCUUCUACAGCUUUCGGUCAUGAAAGGGAACCGGGGCAAGAGCCUCAUCUCUCAGCAGUCGUCUGCUUGCUUAUUUUCAACAUUUACUCCAUCUCGACCUACUCCUUCAGCUUUCUCAGACGAAAGGACCAGUGGAAGAAUCCGAUCGUUGCAUGCUUUUUCGUGGUCAGCGUUGUUGCCGCAUGCCUGAGAACGGCGGCGCUAGGAGAUAGCAAAAACAGCCUUGCGUAUACGAUCGCCACAGCGCCGCUUCUGCUCCCGUUGGGUCUUUGGUUCAGCGCCAUAACUCACUCGAUGUGGGAUCGCUGGUCUAUGCGGCCUGGUGAUGGGAAAGCGCCGCGUUGAAAGUCGCCCAGAGAUCAUUACGAGGAUGUGUGUACAAGGGACAAAGAUACAAGGGGAAUUAUCGAGAGACAUUGUCUGUCUGUACCAACAAAAAACCUUCGUUCUCGCCCGAAUCCUGAAGCAUCGAACAGUCCAU